CCUGCGUAGAAAGUCGCGGGAUGAGCCCCUCGCAUUUGUCAAGCUCAAGCAGCCUCAACACUGGAGGACAAAAUGGUAAAAGAGUCAUUUCAAUUAUCUCUCAGCUCUUCUUUGUAAUCCGUAAUUGAUUAAUGGUGGUUGCCUUCUCUCUUCCUUUAUCGAUCCAUUUGCCAUCGCUUCUUCAGUCAUAAUAAAAGGAGGUGGUGAUGGAUGGAUGGUGUGUUACAGCUCCUUAUGACAAUGACAGGAAGAAAUGACUAAUUGAUGGGCACAUCAUCUGGCUCUAACAUUCAACACCCUUCAUAAAAAAUGCUUCCUCCACGACAGCAACCGUGUGCAGCUGGACUACAAACAUCACUGUCCUUGGUGUCUUCGGAUCUUCACUUGUCCCCUGACGCACAGGAACCAAGAUCAAAUUCUGAUAAUAUUCGUGAAUCUCCUACAGAAAGUGCUAGUUCACAAGAAACUUGGCCUACUGCUGAUGCCAUGAUGAAAAAGAAGAUGGAGAAUGACAAGGCAGAUAAUGAUUGCCCUGGACAGUCCAUCAUUCGUCGCGUCUCAGGUGCAGAUAAGAUUUCUUGUCGUGACAUAGCUGGGGAACGAGUUGACAUAAUCUCUGAGAAGAUGCAACAUUUACCUGAUGACUUUCUUGAUGAGCUAAAGAAUGGUCUUCGGGUUAUGCUUGAAGGAAGUGGUGGUUCACAGCACAGAGAGGAAUUUCUGAUUUUGCAGAAGCUUGUUCAUAAUAGGUCUGAUUUGACAGCAAAGACUUUGAUUAGAGCACACCGAGUACAGCUAGAAAUACUUGUUGCAAUAAACACUGGAAUUCAGGCAUUUUUGCAUCCAAGUAUUAGUCUCUCCCAAACUUCCCUGAUUGAGGUCUUUGUGUUUAAGAGAUGCAGAAAUAUAGCAUGCCAAAACCAGCUUCCAGCUGAUGACUGUACCUGCGAAAUAUGUGCCAACAAAAGCGGUUUCUGCAAUCUCUGCAUGUGUGUGAUCUGUAACAAGUUUGAUUUUGAAGUGAAUACAUGCCGUUGGAUUGGUUGUGAUUUGUGUUCUCAUUGGACUCACACAGAUUGUGCUAUUCGUGAUGGACAAAUUUGUAUGGGCCCAUCUUUUAAGAGUGGAGCUGGCCCUACUGAAAUGCUUUUCCGUUGCCGAGCCUGCAAUCGAACAUCUGAGCUCUUGGGGUGGGUUAAAGAUGUUUUCCAACACUGUGCACCAGCAUGGGAACGAGAGGCUUUAACAAGGGAACUUGAUUUUGUUAGUAGAAUCUUCCGAGGAAGUGAAGACCCAAGAGGGAGGAAACUCUUUUGGAAGUGCGAAGAACUUAUUGAGAAAAUGAAGGGUGGACUUGCAGAGUCAACAGCUUGCAGAGUGAUAUUGAUGUUCUUCCAAGGUAUGUAUUAUGCUAAGCAUUAUAUAAAUAGUCCUCUCUCCUUCAGUAUUGGAAGAAUAUUCAAGCAUUAGUGCACUUUGCCACAACAGGCUGCUUGAUGCAGUGCCUAAGCAGCUCCAAUACCAUUUUACAUGUGUGCGCCUAAUUUCUUUCUACAGAUAUUGUGUGUGUGUGUGUGUGUGUGACUAUUUCUUUUUACACAUAUUAUACGCGUGUGCAUGUAACUUUUUGUUAUACAAAAUUUUAUAUGUGUGUGUAACCUUUUGUGCUUAUGUUUGAUGAAUUGAAAUCCUUAUAAGGUGUAAGUGUAGUGCAUAGUGAAUAGAGAUAUGAGAUAAGAAAAAAAAUUAUGUUAGGUAAAUCAAGAUUAAAAAAAAAGGUUUGGUAAAGGUAUAAUUUAGUGAAUGGGGAUCCUUAGUUCUUAAGGAUAGUAAAACACUGUUGUCAAACUA